UGCGGGAGGCUGCGACUAUACCGGGGUGCGGGGGAACCGCCUCGAGGCGGGAGGCGCGGCGGCCGAGGCGUGUCUGCACUGGUCGGCUGAACGAGGCGGACCAUGACUGUGCCUUCGGUGGCGUCUCUCGCCGGACCGCUCUUCCCGAGGUUUCUCUAAGCCAUUCCCUGGUGGAACCGCUUCCAGAUUUUGUCCACAAGUGCUUGUGGAAAAGAUGGCUGAUAUUAACCUAAAAGAAGUAACCUUAAUAAUAGGCGUAGUUGCUGCUUGCUAUUGGAACAGCCUCUUUUGUGGUUUUGUUUUUGAUGAUGUGUCAGCAAUACUGGAUAAUAAAGACCUGCAUCCAUCUACACCUUUAAAAACUUUAUUUCAGAAUGAUUUCUGGGGAACCCCUAUGUCUGAAGAGAGAAGCCACAAGUCUUACCGUCCCUUAACAGUAUUGACGUUUCGCUUAAAUUAUUUGUUUAGUGAACUGAAACCUAUGUCAUAUCAUCUCCUAAAUAUGAUUUUUCAUGCUGUGGUUAGUGUGAUAUUUCUUAAAGUCUGCAAACUCUUUCUGGAUAACCGGAGUAGUGUGAUUGCUUCUUUACUUUUUGCAGUGCACCCAAUACACACAGAAGCAGUAACAGGUGUUGUAGGAAGAGCAGAACUUUUGUCAUCUAUCUUUUUUCUAGCUGCAUUUUUGUCAUAUACCAAAUCAAAAGGACCAGAUAAUUCCAUAGUGUGGACUCCUAUCGCGUUGACAGUGUUUUUAGUGGCUGUUGCAACACUGUGUAAAGAGCAGGGAAUAACAGUUGUGGGAAUUUGCUGUGUGUAUGAAGUAUUUAUUGCCCAGGGGUAUACUUUGCCAUUAUUAUGUACUACUGCUGGACAGUUUCUUCGCGGAAAGGGUAGUAUUCCAUUUUCUAUGCUGCAGACACUAAUAAAACUCAUUGUUUUGAUGUUCAGUACACUAUUACUUGUUGUGAUUAGAGUCCAGGUUAUUCAAUCCCAACUUCCAGUAUUCACCAGGUUUGAUAACCCAGCUGCUGUAAGCCCAACUCCUACAAGGCAGCUAACUUUUAACUACCUCCUUCCUGUGAAUGCUUGGCUUUUGUUAAAUCCUUCAGAGCUCUGCUGCGAUUGGACCAUGGGAACAAUACCACUUAUAGAGUCAUUUCUAGAUAUUCGAAAUCUUGCCACAUUUAUUUUUUUUUGCUUUUUGGGGGCUUUGGGAGUAUUCAGUCUCAGAUACCCUGGUAAUUCCUCCAAGACUGUUUUAAUGGCACUUUGUUUAAUGGCAUUACCGUUUAUUCCUGCAUCAAACCUUUUUUUCCCAGUUGGAUUUGUUGUUGCUGAGAGAGUAUUAUAUGUUCCUAGCAUGGGGUUCUGUAUUUUGGUAGCCCAUGGAUGGCAGAAAAUAUCAAACAAAAGUGUAUUAAAAAAGUUAUCCUGGGUUUGUCUGUCUAUGGUGAUACUCACUCAUGCCUUAAAAACACUCCAUAGAAAUUGGGAUUGGGAGUCUGAAUAUACGCUGUUUAUGUCAGCCUUGAAGGUAAAUAAAAAUAAUGCCAAAUUAUGGAAUAAUGUGGGUCAUGCUCUGGAAAAUGAAAAGAACUUUGAGAGAGCUUUGAAAUACUUCUUACAGGCUACCCAUGUUCAGCCAGAUGAUAUUGGUGCCCACAUGAAUGUAGGAAGAACUUAUAAAAAUUUAAAUAGAACCAAAGCAGCUGAAGAAUCUUAUAUGACAGCUAAGUCGCUGAUGCCUCAAAUUAUUCCUGGUAAAAAAUAUGCAGCCAGAAUUGCACCUAACCACUUAAAUGUUUACAUUAAUCUGGCCAACCUGAUACGAGCAAAUGAGUCCCGACUGGAAGAAGCGGAUCAGCUGUACCGACAAGCAAUAAGCAUGAGACCCGACUUCAAGCAGGCUUACAUUAGCAGAGGAGAAUUGCUUUUAAAAAUGAAUAAACCUGUCAAAGCAAAAGAAGCAUAUCUUAAAGCACUAGAGCUGGACAAAAACAAUGCAGAUCUUUGGUACAACUUGGCGAUUGUUCAUAUUGAACUUAAAGAACCAAAUGAAGCCCUAAAAAACUUUAAUCAUGCUUUAGAACUAAAUCCAAAGCAUAAGCUAGCGUUAUUCAAUUCUGCUAUAUUAAUGCAAGAAUCAGGUGAGGUUAAACUCAGACCUGAAGCUAGAAAACGACUUCUAAGCUAUGUAAAUGAGGAGCCACUAGAUGCUAAUGGUUAUUUCAAUCUGGGAAUGCUUGCCAUGGAUGACAAAAAGGACACUGAAGCAGAGAUGUGGAUGAAGAAAGCCAUAAAAUUACAAGCCGAUUUCAGAAGUGCUCUGUUUAAUCUGGCUCUCCUGUAUUCUCAGACUGCAAAGGAAUUAAUGGCUUUGCCAAUCUUGGAAGAGUUACUCAGAUACUAUCCUGAUCAUAUCAAAGGUCUCAUUUUAAAAGGAGACAUUCUGAUGAAUCAAAAGAAAGAUAUACUUGGAGCAAAAAAAUGUUUUGAAAAGAUUUUGGAGAUGGAUCCAAGCAAUGUGCAAGGAAAACACAAUCUUUGUGUUGUUUAUUUUGAAGAGAAGGACUUAUUAAAAGCUGAAAGAUGCCUGGUUGAAACAUUGGCAUUAGCACCACAUGAAGAAUAUAUUCAACGCCAUUUGAAUAUAGUCAGGGAUAAAAUUUCUUCAUCUAGUUUUGUAGAACAGCCAGUAUUCCCAGCUGGUAAGACUUCAGGUAUAGAAGGAGACAAAAUUCCAACUGAAAAUGAAAAAGAAAUCAAAAGUAAACCCAGACCCAUACAGAUAAUAAAAACAAGUGAUAAUAAAAGUCAGUUGAAAUCCAACAAACAGUUAGGAAAAAAUACAGACAAAGAAACCCCCCACAAAACAACAAAAGAAAUCAAAGAAAUUGAGAAGAAAAGAGUUGCUGCUUUAAAAAGAGUAGAAGAGAUUGAACGUAUUUUAAAUGUGGAAGAAAGAUCCUUCCAGAGAGCAGAUCUAGAACAGCCAGACUCGUUGACAAAGGAACUGCAUUUCACUUCUAGACUGAGGGGUCCUUGCCUUAUACUUCACAUAAGAUACAAUAACUUACUUGUCAUGAAGAUAACUGUUUGCCUUCUUGUGAGUAAAGACUUUGCUUUAAAGUCACGCCACCUUUGCAAGCUGGAUCCUGAGCCCCUGGCUUCCUCAGAAAGUAGGAGUGGUGGUAUCUGUCUCUCUGGGCACGAAGACGACAGGAGAACACAUGAGGAAGGCACACUCUGAGUUCACCUUUAAGACAGCUCAAGGUUAUCUACUCCCUUUUGAGGAACUUUACAGAACAAACAGCUCUGCCUCUCUGGGUCUGUUCUAGACUUGUCAUAUAAAAUAUUGAAAAUUUUUAAUUACUUACUCUUUCUAUUAUGGAAAAUAUUUUCACCAUGAUAAUUUCUAUUUUAACACAGUUGGAACGCUAAAGGAAAGCAAAGAUUAUAAAAUUUAUUAAAGUUUGUGUGUUAGUAUUCUAUUACUGCCAUAACAUAUUACCACCACUAUAAUGACGUAAAGCAAUGGAAAUUUCUUAUCUUGCAGUUCUGUGGAUCAGAAGUCGAACAGAAGCCUGAGUCUCACUGGGCUAAAAUCAAGGUGUUGACAGGGCUGUGUUCCUGUCUGGGGAUUCUAGGGAAGAAUUCAUUUCUUUGCCUUUUCCAGCUUUUAGAGGUCACUGCAUUCCGUGCCUUGUGCUCCCCUUCCUCCAUCCCCAAAGCCAGCAAUGUUGGGUUAAGUCCUUCUCAUGUUGCAUCUCACCGAUCCUUCUGUCUGUUGCAUCUCUCUCAUCACAGCCAAGAAAGGGUCUCCAUUUUUGAAAGAUUCACGUGAUUAUAUUGGGCCCCCACAUCUACAAGACACCGGCUUUGUUUUCACAUAUGAAACUUUAAAAAUUAUAGUUAACUGUACUAAAAAACCCCUACCUUCAAUCUAUUUCUGGUAUUAAAAGAUAGCAAGCUCGGGCUUCCCUGGUGGCGCAGUGGUUG